AUGGAGGGGGAGACCAAGGACAUGGAGGCCUCUGCAACGCGCGCCCGCGAUGCAAGCCUUGCAAAGCCAGAGCAGAUGCAGAUCUACACCUCUGUGCUGCACUUGCCGCCCUGCCGAUCAAAACAGUCUCUGCCGAACUACCAGAACCUCACCCCUUGCGUGAAGUCCUUCUUUUUUGCUCACACGUACCUCGUGUAUGUUUACACCUUCUACAUGUUUGUCUUUGCAUUCUACAAAGGCUACGCGCUGCAGUACCCCAAGGGCAGAGCUGCAUGGGAACUUGUGCUGAUCAUGACUCUGCCCUGCUUGCAGCACCUUCGCUUCUACUUCGGCUACUGGGGACUGGAGCUGGGGAUGGUUUACGACAUCAGCUUCUUCUUGUUGCUGUCGUCGAUCACCAUCACGGUGCUGACGUACUUCCUGUUCUUCCAGGCGUACAUCAUGCCUCUGGAAAUGAGCAUCCUCACGAUCGCCAUUGCCGCAGUAAUCGUUGAAAGCGUUUGCGGGAUCAUCAAUGUUCUGCAGACUUUGAAGCUUGCUCCGCUAACCUUCUUCCAGACGCUGCUCCUCCUGUCGGCGAUCAUCUCGGUGAUCAUGGUGACCUCGGGCUUCUUGGUGAAAGAGUUGCUGCCAAACGAGAUCACCUUCGACCACUAUUGGAUGCCUGCCGACGGGCAGCCCUACGCGGUGGCUGCGCCUUCCAGCUGA